AAACCUAGCUUUUGUUAAAAUUAUUGGGCUUGGUUUGAAUUGGGGCAGGAUAGUUUGUAAACCGGUUAAUAUCACUUUAGCUUUGCCAAUUCAAAAUCAAUCAAAUAACCAAUUCUUCAAUCAUUAUCGAAGAGCUUCUCAUCACCUUUAGCUUUGUCUAUUGAUCAUCGAAGAGCUUCUAGAUCGGGAUGAUCCUAUCACGUCCGAAUUACUAAAUCUUCGUUCCAAUUUGAGUGUGGGGAGAAUGAGAAUAGUGGGUCUAACGGGAGGCAUAGCGUCUGGGAAGAGUACAGUCUCCAACCUCUUCAAGGCUAAUGGCAUUCCUGUUGUUGAUGCUGAUGUCAUUGCUCGAAAUGUACUGAAGAAAGGAAGCGGUGGAUGGAAGAGAGUAGUUGCAGCUUUUGGGGAGGAUAUUCUUCUUCCUAGUAGAGAAGUGGAUCGGCCAAAGCUUGGUCAGAUGGUCUUCUCUUCCGAUUCCAAGCGCCAACUUCUAAACAAGUUGAUGGCUCCGUACAUAUCCUCUGGUAUCUUUUGGGAGAUCCUGAAAGAAUGGGCAAAAGGAGCUAAAGUGGUAGUUGUCGAUAUCCCAUUGCUGUUCGAAGCUAAGAUGGAUAAAUGGACUAAACCCAUUGUUGUUGUGUGGGUUAGUCAAGAUACACAGCUCAAUAGACUGAUGGAAAGAGAUGGACUGAGUGAGGAAGAUGCAAGAAACAGAGUGAUGGCUCAGAUGUCUUUGGAUUUGAAAAGAGGCAAAGCUGAUAUUGUGAUUGAUAAUAAUGGCGGUCUCGACGAGCUCCACCAACAGUUUGACAAGGUUUUGUCUGAGAUCAGAAGACCAUUGACAUGGAUUGAGUUUUGGCGUUCAAGGCAAGGCGCCUUCUCGAUCCUUGGCUUGGUGACUUCUGGACUAUUUGUUUGCAAACAACUCAAUUAGCUCUUUAUCAUUUUGUUUUUUUUUUCCUUUCUCUAUGGCGCAAAGUUAAACCACUUUUGUUUCUUACUUAUAAUCAUUACAACUUUGAUUUAUUUCUCUUCCACCACAA